AUGUGACUUCUAGCUGUAUCCCCACGCACUGGAAGAGUUCGUCUAGGUAUAGAUGGUGUUGCAGCUGCUGAAGGCGUUAAUCUGCUAUCGAGUCUCAUUAAUAACCCGGUUUUCUUUCUAAAACAAUGAGGCGACUGUGGAUUAUCGGUCUCCUCUGUGCACUUUUGGCAUUCGCAUCUGUGAAAGCUGAUGAUGAUGACGUUGACAUUGACGGCACAGUAGAAGAGGACCUUGGAAAGAGCAAAGACGGAUCCCGCACAGAUGACGAGGUUGUUCAGAGGGAGGAAGAAGCCAUUCAGUUAGAUGGUUUGAACCCCUCGCAAAUAAAAGAAAUCCGUGAAAAAGCAGAAAAGCAUGCGUUCCAGGCGGAAGUGAACAGAAUGAUGAAACUGAUCAUCAAUUCCUUGUAUAAGAACAAAGAGAUCUUCCUAAGAGAGCUGAUCUCUAAUGCUUCCGAUGCCUUGGAUAAGAUCCGGCUGUUGUCCCUGACCAACGAAGAUGCUCUUGCUGGAAACGAAGAGCUUACUAUUAAAAUCAAGUCCGACAAAGAAAAGAACAUGCUUCAUAUCACUGACACGGGUAUUGGCAUGACCAAAGAAGAACUGGUGAAGAACCUUGGUACCAUCGCCAAAUCCGGAACCAGCGAGUUCCUCAACAAGAUGAAUGAUAUGCAGGAGGAGGGUCAGUCCACCUCUGAGCUGAUUGGUCAGUUUGGUGUGGGCUUCUACUCUGCCUUCCUUGUGGCUGAUAAGGUCAUCGUCACCUCCAAGCACAACAACGACACCCAGCACAUCUGGGAAUCCGAUUCCAACGCAUUUUCAGUCAUCAAUGACCCUCGUGGAGACACUCUGGGCAGAGGCACCACCAUUACGCUGGUGAUGAAAGAGGAGGCUUCAGACUACCUUGAGCUGGAGACCAUUAAGAACCUGGUGAAGAAGUACUCUCAAUUCAUCAACUUCCCCAUCUAUGUAUGGAGCAGCAAGACCGAGACCGUAGAGGAGCCCAUUGAGGAGGAGACGGCUGAUGCCGAGAAGGAAGAGGCUGCUGAAGAUGAGGUUGAGGAAGAGGAUGAGGACAAGGACAAACCAAAGACUAAGAAGGUGGAGAAGACCGUGUGGGACUGGGAGCUGAUGAAUGACAUUAAACCCAUCUGGCAGAGGCCUGCGAAGGAAGUGGAGGAGGACGAAUACAAAGCCUUCUACAAGACCUUCUCCAGGGACUCUGAUGAGCCCAUAUCUCACAUUCACUUCACUGCUGAAGGAGAGGUCACCUUCAAGUCCAUCCUCUUUAUCCCUGCGUCUGCACCCAGAGGCCUUUUCGAUGAAUAUGGAACCAAGAAAAAUGACUUCAUCAAGCUAUUUGUGCGUAGAGUCUUCAUCACCGAUGACUUCCAUGACAUGAUGCCCAAGUACCUCAACUUCAUCAAAGGCGUUGUGGACUCUGAUGAUCUGCCUCUGAAUGUGUCCAGAGAGACUCUGCAGCAACACAAACUGCUCAAGGUUAUCCGUAAGAAGCUGGUGCGCAAGACCCUGGACAUGAUCAAGAAGAUCGCUGAGGAGCAGUACAAUGACAAGUUCUGGAAGGAGUUCGGCACCAACAUUAAACUGGGCGUGAUUGAGGAUCACUCCAACAGAACCCGCCUGGCCAAGCUGCUCCGCUUCCAGACCUCCCACAGUGACACCACACCGUCUAGUCUGGAGCAGUACGUGGAGAGGAUGAAGGAGAAGCAAGACAAGAUCUACUUCAUGGCUGGAACCAGCAGGAAGGAGGCUGAGUCUUCUCCAUUCGUGGAGAGGCUUCUUAAGAAAGGAUAUGAGGUCAUCUACCUGACUGAGCCAGUGGACGAGUACUGCAUCCAGGCUCUGCCUGAGUUUGACGGUAAACGCUUCCAGAAUGUGGCAAAGGAAGGUGUGAAAUUCGACGAGAGCGACAAGGCCAAGGAGAAGAGAGAAGCUUUGGAGAAAGAGUUCGAACCCCUUACCACCUGGAUGAAAGAAAAGUCCCUGAAGGACAAUAUCGAGAAGGCCGUUUUGUCUCAGAGGCUGACCAAGUCUCCCUGUGCUCUGGUUGCCAGUCAGUAUGGAUGGUCUGGCAACAUGGAACGGAUCAUGAAAGCACAGGCUUACCAGACAGGAAAAGACAUUUCCACAAAUUAUUACGCAAGUCAAAAGAAGACAUUAGAAAUCAACCCCAAACAUCCUCUCAUCAAGGAGAUGCUGAAGAGAGUUCAAGAUGAUGCUGAGGAUCAGACAGCUGCAGAUUUAGCCGUGGUGCUCUUUGAAACUGCCACACUGCGAUCCGGCUACCAACUCACGGACACCAAAGCAUACGGAGACAGAAUCGAGCGUAUGCUGCGGCUCAGCAUGAACAUAGACCUCGACGAACAGGUAGAGGAAGAGCCAGAAGAGGAGCCAGAAGAACAGACAGAAGAAGCAGAGGAAGAGGAGGAGGUCCAGGCAGAUGAGGAGGCGGAAGAAGAAUCGGAUAGCACAGGGAGAGACGAGUUGUAAAGUGUAAAUCUGGGAGGGAUGGGGUGUCGGACUGUGAUGCAGAGUGAAGAUGGUGAUCUCAGCUGGUUAUCUUUUCUCUGUGUGGGUGGGUUAAGGGAAUAGGAGCUGUUUUUUUUUUUUUUUUUUUAAGGCGCUGCGUUUGUGUUUGAAAUUUCUUUUUUUUUUUACAUUCCUCCAUGAUUGUAAAUUUGUUAAUAUUUAACUGACCCAGUUGUGGAGUGCUGACUCCUGUCCACUGAACCAUUAAAUGUUUCCGUAAAAGGA